AUGUCCAAGGAGCCGCGCGCCGGGCGGGAGGAGAUCAUGGAGUGCCAGGUGAUGUGGGAGCCGGACAGCAAGAAGAACACGCAGAUGGACCGCUUCCGGGCGGCCGUGGGCACCGCCUGCGGCCUGGCGCUGGAAAAUUAUGAUGACUUGUAUCACUGGUCAGUGAAGUCGUACCCGGACUUCUGGGCGGAGUUCUGGAAGUUCAGCGGACUUGUCUUCUCACGCAUGUAUGACGAGGUUGUGGACACUUCGAAAGGCAUCGUGGACGUGCCCGAGUGGUUCAAAGGCAGCCGUCUGAACUAUGCGGAGAACCUGCUGCGGCACAAGGACAAUGACCGGGUCGCCUUGUAUGUUGCAAGAGAAGGCAAGGAGGAGAUCGGGAAGGUGACUUUUGAAGAGCUGCGGCAGCAGGUGGCCUUGUUUGCAGCAGCCAUGAGGGAAAUGGGGAUCUGCGUGGGAGACCGCGUUGUGGGUUACUUACCCAACAGUGCACAUGCCGUGGAGGCCAUGCUGGCGGCUGCGAGCAUCGGGGCCAUCUGGAGCUCCACAUCCCCAGACUUCGGCGUGAACGGCGUCCUGGACCGCUUCUCUCAAGUCCAGCCGAAGCUCAUCUUCUCCGUGGAGGCUGUUGUGUACAAUGGCAAAGAGCACAACCACAUGGACAAGCUGCAGCAGGUCGUUAAAGGACUGCCAGACUUGAAGAAAGUCGUGAUGAUACCUUAUGUCCACUCCAAAGAGAAGAUCGACAUUUCCAAGAUUCCAAACAGCGUGUUCCUUGAUGACUUUCUGGCCAGCAGGAAAAGGGAGCAGGCGCCACAGCUGGAGUUUGAGCAGCUGCCCUUCAGCCACCCUCUGUUCAUCAUGUUCUCGUCGGGCACCACGGGCUCCCCCAAGUGCAUGGUGCACUCGGCCGGGGGCACCCUCAUCCAGCACUUGAAGGAGCAUAUCCUGCAUGGGAACAUGGGCAGUGACGACAUCAUCCUGUACUAUACCACGGUCGGCUGGAUGAUGUGGAACUGGAUGGUGUCCGCCCUCGCCACAGGGGCGUCUGUGGUCUUGUACGACGGCUCCCCGCUGGUCCCGACGCCCAACGUGCUGUGGGACCUGGUGGACAGAAUCGGCAUCACCAUCCUUGGAACCGGUGCCAAGUGGCUGUCCGUGCUUGAAGAGAAGAACAUGAAGCCAGUGGAAACCCACAACCUCCAGACACUUCACACGAUCCUAUCCACUGGCUCCCCGCUGAAAGCCCAGAGCUACGACUACGUGUACCGGUUCAUCAAGGGCAGUGUGCUCCUGGGCUCCAUCUCAGGUGGCACUGACAUCAUCUCCUGUUUCAUGGGCCAGAAUCCCUCGAUCCCUGUGUACAAGGGGGAGAUCCAAGCCCGGAACCUGGCCAUGGCGGUGGAGGCCUGGGACGAGGAAGGAAAGGCAGUGUGGGGGGAGAGCGGCGAGCUGGUGUGCACCAAGCCCCUCCCCUGCCAGCCCACGCACUUCUGGAACGACGAGAACGGGAGCAAGUACAGGAAGGCCUACUUCUCCAGAUUCCCGGGUGUUUGGGCUCAUGGUGAUUACUGCAAAAUCAACCCCAAGACUGGAGGCAUCGUCAUGCUUGGCCGGAGUGAUGGCACGCUCAACCCCAACGGAGUGCGCUUUGGCAGCUCGGAGAUCUACAACAUUGUGGAGGCCUUUGAGGAGGUGAUGGACAGCCUCUGCGUCCCGCAGUACAACCAGGACGGGGAGGAGCGCGUGAUUCUCUUCCUGAAGAUGGUUUCUGGCCACCCCUUCCAGCCCGAUCUGGUGCGGAGGAUCCGGGAAGCCAUCCGCCUCGGCCUCUCGGCGCGGCACGUCCCCAGCCUCAUCCUGGAGACCAAGGGGAUCCCGUACACGCUCAAUGGCAAGAAAGUGGAAGUGGCCGUGAAGCAGGUCAUCGCGGGGAAGUCAGUGGAGCACCGUGGGGCCUUCUCCAACCCCGAGACCCUGGAUCUGUACCAGAACAUCCCCGAGCUCCAGGACUUCUGA